GGAGCGGAUAUAAUUUUGCGCCUCGGAGAAUAAAUUGCGGUUGUUGAAGGCCGGAGAGGAAGGCUGCUGGUUUUUUUGCCUUGUCUGGCUCCUCUCGCCGGCGACUCUUCCGAAAUCUAGGGAUUCGAAGAACUCGGGAUAGAAGGGGAAAAGCCAGCAGCUUGGCCGUAUCGAUAGCUGGCAGGUGAAACGGAGGCGGCGAUGUCGUCUAUUUGCCUCUCCGCGUGUUCUACUUCCAGACCGCUAGCAGUUCCACCUUGUUCCACGGCGGCGCGGGGCUUCUCGUCCACGGCGGGGAAAGGUUGCGAGUGCUCUCUCUCUUUCCGGCCUGCGAAUGGCUCCGGCGGCCUCCUUUCUUCCGCGGGUGAUAGGGGAAGGUUACAGGUUGUUCGUAUGGCUCCCGACGAAGAGAAGUUGACUCGUCGAAAUCCUCUCGAUUUCCCAAUCGAAUGGGAAAGGCCAAAGCCUGGACGAAGACCGGACAUAUUCCCCCAGUUCAGCCCAAUGAAAACACCGAUUCCACCUCCGCUGCCAUACGAUCCUCCCCCGGAGGAGGAGGAAGAGGAAGACGGAGACAAGAAGAAAGAGGAGGAAGAGGAAGGAGAUGAAAAUCCUGAUAAGGAGGAAGAGCCCGAGAAACCCGACAUUUAGUAGAUAGAAAUAAAAGCCAGCUACUCGAGCAAAAUAGAACGCCGAGCGCAAUUCUGAGUUUUCUGUUUUUCGAUCUGUGAGAAGGAAGUAUUUUGACAGGAAGCUGUUUUGGUUACUGCAUGCCUUAUUAGCUACACCUUCUAUUCUCACGUUCAGAUUUUGUGCCCUCUUAAUGGAACAUUUUAGCUCUCGUCCUACAGUCAGGGUUCUUGUAUGAAACUAUUGCAGUGUUGCCCUUCUUGAUGCAGAAAGAACCUUCUUAAUUGAACAUUUUUUAACACCUCUGUGGUGAAGUAGUGAAGGUGUUCCUGUUUGUUUCUCCUCCUUCUUUUACUUCCCGUUGUAAUCAGAACGUAAUUGCAGAACGUCUCCGUAACCUUGGCAAUGAUUUGAUUUGGAUGAGUUCCAUUUUAGCUUUGAAUUAGGCAUUAUUAAGCC